CCCCCGGUUUUCUCCUUUCCUUCCCUCCCCCAAACCAGUCGGCAACCACAUGCCCAGCCAUCACCAUGCCCUAACCCCCCCUUCUCACCGAGCCUGUGCCCCUACCGCCCUCUGCACCGAAUCAACCUCCGCCUCCCUCUACACCGAAUUAGCCUCCUCUUCUUUCUGCAGCCCAGAUCCCCUUUGCUCUGCCCUGCACCGAACUAGCCAUCAUCACCCCCUCACUGCCAGCCAUCAUGCUCCUGCACCUCCCCUGCUUCUGCGCCCAAAUCCCAUGCCUUCUGCGCCAAAUAUCCUGCCCCUUUCUGCACCCGAACCGCCUGCACUCUGCACUAGCCAUCACCGGCAAUCAUGCCCUACAUGCCCGAGCCUUCAUACCCCCCCCCCCCUUUUGCUGCACCGAGCCCUGCCCUUGCCGCCCGGCCUUGCUUCCUGCACUGGCCUUGCUCUGCGCCCAAUUCCAUUGCCCCUGCCUUCUGCACACUACAUCCAUACAAAAAAAACAGCCAAUACCGGACAAAAUUGGCAUCAUUGAUUGACAAAGCAAGGCCCCUGUCUUUUGUGGUUGCAUUUUUAUUUUUAUUUUGUCAUUUUGGGUGUAUAUAUAGAGCAAAAGGCAAAGGUCUAGGGGAGGAUUUUAUUUUCCUUUUGCUUGGUUGAUUCUGUUUUUUUUUUUACUGGAUUUGGGUGUUGCCGGAGGUGAUAGUAAGAGGAAAAGGAAUCUGAAUUUCCAGA